AUGAAAAGUGUGGUGUCAUUACCCUUAAACUUCCCAACAUCGACCAUAGUUCAUGAGUUGCUCCCUUUCUCUUGCUGCACCAAGAAGAAGAACAGAACUCACGGUACCAGCAGCAUGGCCAGCUCUUCAUCUUCCUCCUUAUCGAUGGAGCUGGACGAGUCGACGGAGAGCCGAAUCGAACGGUUAAUAUCGGAGAACCCAGUGAUCAUCUUCACCAAAUCCUCCUCCCCCUGCUGCAUGUGCCAUGUCAUGAAGAACCUCCUCUCCACCAUCGGCGUCCACCCCACUGUCAUCAAAUUGGACGACCAUGAGAUCACCGCCGCCCUCCACAACAACACCACCACCCCUGCCGCCUUCAUCGGCGGCACCUGUAUCGGCGGUUUAGAGUCCCUCGUGGCCCUCCACGUCACCGGCCUCCUCGUCCCCAAGCUCCAUCAAGUCGGUGCUCUCUGCCACCUAUGAUCAUACCAAUUCCCACUCCUACAACUUGCCAUCCAUCCUUAGUUAAUUUCCGUAAUUUUAUUUAAUUACUAUGAUGCUAUUAUCUAUUUCCCCAGAAAAAUUUAAGCAUAACUAAUUUAGCUAGGGAUGGUAACGACUAUUAGUAUUGGCUAGCCAUGGUUUCAAUUAUUUGAAGGUUUAUUGCUUAACAAAAAAAAAUUGAAGGUUUACCAGCAAGUUCUAGCAUAAUUGGUAGAUAAUUAAACUUCUUAAACAUUUAGUUUUAGAUUUGAUCUUUGGACAGUGUGUAUGGAGAAUGAUUUAUCGCGAAAAGUCUACCAACUUGAUGAGAUCGUUGAACUUCAAGAAAUUAGUCUUAUUGCUGCUGGCUGUGAGAUAACUUUGAAAAAAAAUGUUUUGAGGGGUUUGUGUUUGUAUUUCAUUAUUGUUCUCUUCAUUUUCAACGUCUUGCUUUUGUUUAAGAAAGAUGGCAAUCUGCCAAAUUAUAUUGCUAGAUUUGGUGCAGAUAGAUUUCAGUGUGUUUGAUUUUUCCACCUCUCUUUCAUCUUUAUUCUCUAUCGAUAAUAUCAAUUAAAUCA